GUAUCUGUUAUAGAGAAGUUUAGUAGUACGGCAUAUGAAAUAUACUUUCUUUUUUUUUUUUGAGAAAAAGGUAGCACGCUACCCGCUUCAUUCAACAGAAUGAUGAAUUAGGCUACAAGGGUGGGGCAGCCAGGCCCCGAGAGAGGGAAAAAAAAAAAAAAAAAACAUAUGAAAUAUACUUAUUACAACUUAUUGUUGAUGAGAAUUUUAGUACAAUUGUAAAAAAACACCCAUCUCUGGCACCCGGGCAGUAUGUCUAACCCAUCCGGCGCCGACGGCUGCACGAGAUGCUGCAGCAAAUUCUGCGGCCUCCUUUUCUUCGCCGGCUUCCUUGUUUUCGAUUUCUGGCUCAUAUUCCGCCCGCGUCGCAUCGGCGCCAGCGUCGAUUCCGCCUCCCUCACCGAAUUCGCCCUCUCCCCCUCCGGCGCCCUCCUCUUCAAUCUCACCGCCGAUCUCUCCCUCCGUAACCCCAACAGCCGAAUCGGCGUCUACUACGACCGCCUCGACGCCGCCGCCUUCUACUCCGGCGCCCUCCUCGGCCCCGCCGACUCGCCCUUCCCGGAAUUCUACCAGCAUCCGAAGACCACCACCGCGGUGAGCGCGGUUUUCAAAGGCCGCACGGCGGGCGUGGGCGCGGGAGUUAGCGACGCGUUUGGUAGGGAGAAGGGGGAGGGGGCGUUCCGCGUGGAAAUCACGGUCCACGCGAAGCUGAGGUAUAAAGUUUGGUUCGCCAAGGUCCACGGCUUCAAGCCGAAGGUCGACUGCGUGGUGAAGCUCCUGCCGCCGCCGCCGACCGCCGUGAGCUCCGCCGCUGCGUUCGCGCCGACCAAGUGCAGCGUUGACUAUUGACCAUUCGUGAUUCGUCGAUCGGUUCAUAAUUUCGAUUUCUUAUUAUAGAUAUUCGAUUCUUAAUUUGGUAUUAGAGUAUAUGUUGUACUCAUUAAUUGGUAUUGGCUAGCUUACUGUUCAAUUGGAGCUUAGUUGUUAAUUGUUCUAUCACUUGUAAUAGUUUCUUAUUGAAAACAUUGUUGUAGUUGGAAUUGUCAACUUUAAAUGGAGAAAAAGGGGGAAAAAAUAAUAUUGGAA